AGCGGGGGUGGUAGUUAGUGAGAGCUUACAGUGGUAGGUGUCGCUUGACUACUCUCAACUCUCGUCUAUGCCUCUCGCGGGGGCCUCGGAGAGCUGGCUCUCGUCGAAAUCGUCGUCAUCGUCGUCGCCGUCGCCGUCGUUCUCAUUCCCGUCGUUAUCGCGCCCACCCACCACCGCCACCGCCGAGCAAUCCAAAACCAGCAGUAGCACCAGCAGCAGCCCUGCCUCACCGUGACCGAGCAGAGAUCACGGGGGCUGACUGAGUAGUCGUCACUCGAGAUGGUUGCCCAGUGAAAAAUAUUUAAAUACACGGGAUUUUCCCGAGAGCGAGUGUCUAAGUGAGGAUUUAACCAAGAUCGUGGAUUUAUUUUAAGUGGGUGUACAGCUAAGGAGGAUUUAAUAUACAUAAAGACAACCAAGUUUUAGAAUAAGUUUAAGUAACAGGAAAAAAAAUCUAAGAAGAAUACAAAGAAGAGGGAAAGGGAAAUAGAGAAUAAGAAUAAGCUCAAGUUUUAGGGGUUGAAUAAACGAAAAAUUACCAAGACAAAAAUUGAAACGUCCAAGACACUGACUAACGAGAAACUCCCUCGUUUUCUCUCUCGCCUCUCGCGGAAAGUUUUUCAUCACCAGCAGCAGCCCUGGCCUGCCACAAUCCCUUCGAUUCGGUUAUCCGCAACUUGCAAUUAAAAGCGCGCGAACGUCGCUCAUCAUCAGCCAAAGGGUGACGUGCUGUUCAAUAUGUCGUUCGGCACUUCGUAUACCUACAAAAUGUACAAGUGCUGUGGCGUUGGAGGUGGCGGGUCCACGUUACCCCAGGCCGUACAGCAUUUGGGUACUGGAGCUGCCAUCGCGGCCUCCGGGAGAGCCAUCAUGCAGGAUCCGGUGCUUGAAUCUAUUUUGGAGCAAAUGCGCGAGACGGAGGCUCGCAGGGCGGAUUUGGAACGACAGCAUGCCGAUGCACAGAACCAGUUGCGGGAAAAGCUAGCAGGCAGAUAUCAAGGACCGGAGUCUGUUGAGGCAUUGCAGUCCAAGAUACGUGAAUUGGAGAAAAAAACAGAGUUACAGAUGGUGAGGCACGAGGAAUUGUCAUUAGAGUUGACGAGUCUCAGGCGAGCACGCAGUCGUGGCCCGGGUUCAACAGCAACUUCCAGUAUUACUGGAACCACGUGGCCACCUUCAGGUUCGGAAAUCGACAGAAUGAUCGCCAAAAUUGAGCAAGACACUAGGUAUGGCCGGAUUCUUCAUGAGCUGGAUCACACGAGAGGUGUAACGACUCAGCAGCCAUCCUCAGGUCAGCGAAUCCUACGAUCAAGUGCUGAAAAUUUACCAAGCCUAAACCAGCAACACCAGCAUCCACCGCAUCCACACGCACUUGAGCUCGGUGAUCUUGGCGUAUCUCAUUACGUCGGAUCGCCCAUGCCCUUGACACCAAUGAUGCCUGGAUGUCCACCUCUUACACCCAAUGGACCACCAUAUCACUACAGCGAACCAAUCCCACCCGCCCCGUCGUCACUGACAACAAGCCAAUCUCAAUCAGCCUUUCAGCAGAAACUACAGCAGUAUCAUCAUCAACAUCAGACACACGUCGACAUGACUACUUCUCACCCUCAAACUAGUCUCACGUCCCAACAACAACAGCAGCAGCAGCAGCAAAAGCAACAAGCGCACACACAUUUUACAAGCAAUCAGUAUCAAGAAAGUUAUCCACAUACACACACGCAGUCUUAUCAACAGCCUCUGCAGCAACAAAAUCAGCAGCAGCAGCAGCAAACUCAUCAGUCACAGCUGCCUGUUUCGAGUACGUACCUGGGUUCCACUAGUCAGAGUGUCCUGCCCCAUUAUAGCCAACCCGGUGGUCAGACUGGGCAAACUUUUCUUAAUGGAACUCAACAGAGUACGAACUAUCCAAAUUUAACGCUGACAUCUCAUCCAAAUGGAACUUUCACGUCGGGAGUUGUGAGUAGUUAUGGUACGACGCAUCAGCUGGGUCAUCAUAAUUACUCAGUACCCCAGUCAAAUCUUACGCAAACGACACUUUCAUCAUUACCGCCGUAUUCGUCAUCGUCUUAUCACUCAGCCCUUAGUGUACUCCCAAGUGUAUCCCAAUCAGUGCUUCCCUACUCAAGCGUUCAAACCAGUUACUCUACAACUGGAUCAACUUACUCGACUGUCGGGACCAAUGCCUUUGGCACUUCUGGCGUCAGCUCAGGAUCAUCGUCAGGUGGUUUGCUUCAAGCAAUAAAUGAUCCUCUGCAAGCAAUGCAGCAGCUGUCAGCGCAAUCACAAGCAAAUCAGCUCCACCAACAAGCUAUUAUUAAUCAAAUCCAACAAAGUUUACGGGCUACAUCUCCAACCGCAACCUCCACGACGGGACACCAUUUUCUUGGUCCACGUCAGAUGCCAAAAAUACCAACGGGAAUACUGACAAAUCCACUGGAUCGACUUACCAGUGAAAAUAUUUUACCCGAAGGUCAAGUAGACAUGCUUGACAUUCCUGGAAAGGGCAGAUGUUAUGUCUAUAUAGCGCGUUUUAGCUAUGAGCCUUUUCAACACUCGCCUAAUGAAAAUCCUGAAGCUGAGCUUCCAGUUCAAGGUGGUGAUUAUUUAUUAGUUUGGGGACAGCCAGACGAUGAUGGGUUUCUUGACGCUGAAACACUAGAUGGCCGUAGAGGACUCGUACCCGCGAAUUUUGUACAAAAACUCGUUGGUGAUGAUCUCUUGGAAUUCCAUCAAGCUGUGAUGGGACUGCGGGAUGUUGAUGACGCUGCUUCGACGAAUAUUCCACAAUGUUAUCUACAAGACAUUGACCUAGAGUUAGCGGCACUAGAGGAAGGUAACAGAAAUCGUCAAGCAGAACUAUCAGCGUACGCGGAACUAGACAAUAUCGCUGAGGAGGAUGAACAAGAACCGCCAGAAGUGUACCUGUUUUCGGACCUAGUUCCGGCGCCUCAGCACCUCACCCUCGAGCGGCAACUCAACAAGAGCGUGCUGAUUGGAUGGACACCGCCGGACAACCAGAUCCAGUUGGAGUCUUACCACGUCUACGUCGAUGGAGUCCUCAAGGUCACCGUCAAGGCAACCGAGCGGACGAGGGCACUAGUAGAAGGCGUCGACUCAACUCGGCCCCACCGAAUAAGUGUCCGCUCGGUGACACACUCGAGAAGAACAUCACGGGACGCGGCCUGCACUAUGGUAAUUGGAAAGGACGUCGCGAUAGGUCCAACGGCGGUCAAAGCGUCCAAUGUUACCGCGACCAGCGCCGUGAUAUCAUGGCUCCCGAGCAACAGCAAUCAUCAGCACGUAGUGUGUGUCAACAAUGUUGAAGUAAGGACAGUUAAACCAGGUGUUUAUCGUCACACUAUUACGGGACUUGCACCAUCGACAAUUUAUCGUGUCACUGUGAAAGCCAAGAAUCUUCGUGCCACUCACUUUGAGGACCAAAACGCUCAGUCGGCCAAUAAUCUUGCCUGUCACGUACACUUCAAGACUCUCUCCAAGGGUCUGCCAGAUCCUCCGGUCGAUAUCCAGGUGGAGGCUGGACCGCAGGACGGCACUUUGCUAGUGACCUGGCAGCCUGUUGCCCUAAACGGUUCGGCCGUCACCGGCUACGCGGUUUACGCGGACGGCAAGAAGGUCACAGACGUUGACAGUCCAACGGGUGAUCAUGCAUUAGUUGAUAUUCACAAAUUGAUGGGACUUAAUCCCAAGGCUAUCACGGUGAGAACGAAAAGUAGAGAGAGCCAGUCGAGUGAUAGUUGUGCUACGGCGAUACCCUGCAGCGUGUUACGCGGUGGACCGCACAUGCAAUCGGGUAUGGAUCAUUCUGGAGAUCCUCAGCAGCAGGGUUACAUGGGUAUGGGUGGUGGCCGAAUAGGCCAGAGAUUCCCCGGUGCGCCUGUGCCGGCUCACAUGAGACGUCAGGGUGUCACGAGAGUCGAUGCUCACGGUCAGGUUAUUAUUGAGACUGAUGAGAAUCUUUCGGAUAAAGAAAUUUAUCCGGGACAAAGUAUUUCACAAAUGGGCAUUCCGGAGAUCACAAAAGACUCAGCGAGCGAAGCGAAUUACAGUGAAGAAGACGAUCCUACGCGAAGAGGUAGAGGAAUGCAACAGCAUCCUGGACAUCACAGAUACGGCCCUCAAGGAGGACAACAAGGCCCACCAGGCACUCAUAGACCGGUACCUGGUAGAGCAGGCCGCGGUCCUGAUCAAUAUUAUGACCAACAAGGAGCUCAGAGAGGUAGAGGACCAGUUUAUCGAGGUGGCCGAGGCGGCCAAGUCCAAGUUGGCCCUCAUCAUCCUGACGCUCAGCAAAACAAAAGGCCUCGCUGGUUCGUCGCACUCUACGACUACGACCCUCCUACCAUGUCGCCUAAUCCUGACGCUUGUGAAAUCGAACUGCCCUUCUCCGAAGGUGAUACCAUAAAGGUUUACGGUGAUAAAGACGACGACGGCUUUUACUGGGGUGAAUGUCGCGGUAGACGUGGUUUUGUGCCUCACAAUAUGGUAGAAGAAUUAAAAAACCCACCUCCGGGUGCUCAGGGACCAGGACAACCUGGCAGAAGAGGCCAGAAUGACAGGUGGGGUGAUAUAUAUACCAAUAUGCCAGUCAGGAAAAUGAUUGCUCUCUACGACUAUGAUCCACAAGUUCUCUCGCCUAAUGUCGACGCCGAGCAAGUUGAGUUACGUUUUCAAACGGGCAAUGAAAUAUACGUUUACGGUGACAUGGAUGACGACGGUUUUUACAUGGGUGAGCUGGACGGUGUACGUGGUUUAGUACCAAGUAAUUUCCUAGCAGAAGCCGGUCCAAAUAAAGGACAACCUCCACAACCCGGGCGACGACCUCCGGGACAAGGUCAAGGACCCGGUGCUCGGGGACCGCCUCCACCACCCCGAGAACCACCACCUCCAGGACAUCGACGUAAUAAAGAUGCCUGCAUUGUGCCUGUGUCUGUCCCUGUCUGUCACUUAGACUCUAGACAACAACAACCACAACAACAUCAACAACAACAACUACAACAACAACAACAACAUCAACAACAACAACAACAAAACAAUCCACCGCAUCUAGCGUACCAACAAGCGAAUCACCACAGCUACACAACUGUAACAACGUCGAAUCAGCACGGGGGCCAGGGUGUUGGCGUUAUGGCCCAUCAGCAGGGUGCCGUACCGCCUCACCUUCAGCAGCAGGGGAGGGGGAGAGGCGCAGCCAAUCGGGUCGGUGGUAGUAACAUGCCAGGAGGUCUUCAGCAAGCUCAGCAGUUCCAGCAGCAACAGGACUAUCAGCAACAACAUCAGCAACAACAGCAGCAACAGCAGCAGCAGCAGCCUAAUCAGCAAGGAUACAAUCAACAAAACCCCAACUAUCAGCAACAGCAGCAGCAGCCCGGCCCUCAAGGCUACCAGCAGCAAAAUUACCAGCAGCAGCCUCAACAACAGGGCGGUCAGCAGCAGUACCAGCAGAACCAGGGACCUUCUAUGCAAGGACCCCAGUCAAGCAAACCCAUGCGAGGAAUCCCAGCAGUGAUUCCCACGGCCCAGAAGCCUCUUGAUCAGCAGCAGCAACAGCAACAACAGCAGCAGCCAAGCACUGGUCCCAACCUCAUGCAGAAGUUCACUGAAAUGGCGGGUGCCAGUGCCGGUGGUGACAUUUUAUCAAAGGGUAAAGAGCUCAUAUUCAUGAAAUUCGGACUGGGAAAGUGAGUCCAUGUUAAUUUCCAUAAUCAUAAAGUCUCCGUUGUCAUUAUCAUCCUGAUAAUCAAGACGAUGAUGAUGAUGACGGUGAGGAUUUCAUGGAGACACACAGGACGUGAUAAAAUAAGCAAUCGACUGGUCAUUGUGACAAAUGAUGUCUCGUGACAAUGGUUUUAGUACCGUUCCAAAUUUAUAAUCUAUUAUAGUUCGGAACGUUUGAUAAUUUGUUAUCAAGAGUGAGAAGGUCAACGACUUAAUUAAUAACAUAAUAUUAAUAAUAAUUAAUAAUAAAAAUUAAUAACAAUAAUAAUGAUAAUAAGGACAUAUUUAGUCCUACUGUUGAUCUUGGUGUAUUUAUUAAAGAUAAAUAAUAUUUGAGCUAUUAUACAUAUGUUACACUGGUUAUGAUAAAUGCUGCUGUUGAUCUUGCUGCUUCGUGGAUUAUUAAAUACAGUAUUUGUAUUGUUGUAUAUUAUGUAAUACGAUUGUUGUUGCUGUCGAAAGCCGCCGUCACCGAAACCGAGUUAAUCGACAAAAAAUGUUUACCGAGACCCCGGUCUCUGUUUAAUUAGUAAGUCUGAUGAAGACGUUUCGAUAGAGAAAUAGGAUUGUGUAUAACACAAAUAACGGAGCAACUCUGCCGUUGGUUACAUAAACUUGUCAGUACAGCACGUUAUUGUACAUCUAAGAGUAAAUGGAGAACAAGCUCUCACAAUAAUAACUUGAGUAGUUAUUUACUGCUUGAGUACUGACUUGUGUGGAUACUUGAGAGAAGUUGAGUCUUCUUAUUAAGCUCUUUAUUCUUGAUCUUUUGUUACUUUGUUUAUCUCUCUACAUAUGUAACGCUCUUUACCGAGGGCUGAUACCUUUUACGGAGACAAUGACUGUUGGAAUUACGUUGACGAUUAUAUUAGAUAGUUAUUAAAGACGAUGUAAGAUGCUUUAAAGAGAGAAAAAUCGCGCACAAGAAUAAAUUCUACACACGCGAGAGGACGAAGCUGCCACCUAAACUAUUUAAAUUAUAGUAUUUAUCGAGUAGUUAUGAUGAACAGAUUAUUAAAUUAUUGAAUUAACGAUGAUGAUUAUGAUGAUGAUGAUGAUGAUGAUGUGUGAGUUGUAGAUUUUAAAUUAUAGAACGAGUGGACGAGAGGCGGGUGUGCCUUGAAAUGCCUCACCCUUAACACAAAACAAUAAUCAUAUCUCUAAAAAAACUUAUUAUUUAUAAUUUAAUCAUAAUCAAUAAUUAUUUAUUUAAGUGAUCACUAUUAUUAAAUAAUGAUAAUAAUAAUAAUAAUAAUAAUGAUAAGUAUAAAUGAUAUAAAUCAAGGUGGCGAGCGUUCAAACUCACCCUCCUCGACGCACUUAAAUAUUGUUUAUAAAUAUUUUGUUUUUUGUUCAUCGAGGCGGUCCUCUGAUAUAAAUAUAUAUAUAUUAUUUUAUCGAAAAAUAUUAUUAUGUUUAUUAAUUGAGUAAUUAAUAUACUGUGCAACGAUCGUUUUCGCGUUCUCGACUUGUUAAUUUAUAUGUUUAUUAAAUAAUUUAAGCGCUAGAGGUGUAGGCGCAUGGAUUAAUUGGCAAUUAUUAUUGUAUAUGUAUAAAUAUAUAUAUGUUUAAAAAUUUUAAUAGAUAUUAAUUGAUGUUAUUAUAUAUGUAUAUAUAUGUAUGUAUAUAUAGGGGUGGGGUCGGGGGCAAAAUGGGGUACCCCAAAAAUUUUAUAAAAAAAAAAUUUUUUUUUAAUGUUCUUCUAAAUUUCCAAAAUCACUUUUGUAAAUAUAAUUAGCAUUAUUUUGAAUUUCGAGUGUCAGUCGAAAAAUUAAAUGACUUUUGUUUUAUAAUAAAAACUUUAAAAAAUUUUUUUUUCUUCGUAUCCAAUAAUUAUGUAAAAUAUCAUUUUUAUUUAUGUAAAUUACUUAUAAAAAAACUUGAUUUUUUCAAAUUUACUUAAUAUCCAGAAACUUUUUUUUUUCAACAGCAACUGAAAAUUUUUGCUAUUUAUUUUAAAUAUCAUUAAAAAAAAAAACUUAACGUAAUUGAGACCUCGAAAACUUAGUAACCCGUUUUACCCCACCCUCCCACCCUAUAUAUAUAUUAAUUUAAAUCAAGAACGAAAACGAUCGUAAGAAUCCGGAAACGCGUAAAUGCAGUAAUAAAAUUAUACAAUUAUUAUUAUUAUUAUUAAAUAAAAUAAUAUACAUAUUAUAAAUAAUACAUAUACAUAUAUAUAUAUUAUAUUUAACUAUUGCAAAUUGUUGUUACAAACGCUACUUGUAUCGUAUUUUGUACAAAGUAUCCAAUCUUUAUUUUUCUUUCGCCAGAGAAUCAGAGUGUUGAUUAAAAAAAAGAAAAAAAAAUGAAGAGUUACUUUACCAUUUAAAUUAAAUUAAUUCAUUAUAAAUGAUAGCUGGUCUGGUCUGAUUGUUAUUAUUGAUUGAGAGGAUGAGAGCGAGAGUGAUAUCGGUAAAUAAUGAAUAAUAUUGAAUGCUAUAUAAAUAUAUAAAUGAAAAUUCACUCGUUGCAUUUAAAUAAAUUGAAUAUGAGUGAAUAAAAAAAAAAUAUGUUAUAAAUAAGUUAAUUAUUUAAAUAUAAUAACAGUUAGAAAAGAAAUCUAAUCGCGAAUUACGACUGUAAUAGCUCUUGACAAUUCAUCGAUCCCUUAUAUGUAUUUAUUAUAUUAUUAUUAUGAUUAUUAAAAAAAAAAAAUAAAUAAACUAUUAUCGCGUUUUGAUGUUUGCCCAAAAAUUUUAUUUAUCAACAAACGUUAUCAUAUUAUAUAAAUAUAUACAUAAAACAAUAAUUAUAUUAUAAAUAAACUUAAAUAAAAUAAAAUAAAUGAUGAUGAUGAUGACGAAUGAAUUUAAGUAUUAAUUUUUCUUUAUUAAUUAAUUAUAAUCAACGUUACGUUGUACGUGCCAUUGAAAUAUAUAGCGAUAUAUAUAAAUUUAAAUUAUAAAGUUAAUUUUAAAAAAUUUAGGAAAACAAAUUUUAAGAGAAUACUGACGGACUAUUAUAAUAAUAAUUAUAAUUAUUAUCAUUAUUAUUAUUAUGUAUAAAUAAGAUACGUUCUCUUCUAGUGAUUGAGUUUAAUUAAGUACUCAAUUUUGAAAACUAUUGUCCAAAGAGACUGACAGGUAGUAAAAAAAAAAAUGAAUAGUUAAUUAAAAUAAAAUGAUCGAGCCGAGCCUGGAGUGAAAAUAAAUAAUUUCUACACCUGGUCAUAUAAAUUUUUCACUGUAUGUGAAAAAUAAAUAAAUAAUGGAACAAUUAAUUAUUAAGGUGGCUAUGAUAGUCUAGUAUAUAUUUAAUUGUUGCAUUAAAUAUCAAGAAUAAUAAUAAUAAUAGUCAAAAUAAUAAUAAUAAAUUUAUUAAAAAAUAUGCAAACGCUUGAUCUUUUGAAUGAAAAAUUCUAUAAUAAUUAUUUCAGAUGUAAAACUAUAAAACUUGAUAUUUAUAAUUUUUAUGCAUAAAUUAUCAUAGCAGCCUCGGCUACAUAUCAAAUAAAACGCGUAAAGAUAAAUAAAAUAAUAAUGAUAAUACAAUGAUGAUGAAUAAAUACAUGAGAAAGUGAGAGUGAAAAAGUGAGGGAGAGAUCAUAGCGUAAAUAAAUAAUAAUUAUAGUCUAUUCAAAAUCAUCCUCUCCGAUUUUCUUGGUGCUAGAAAAAUAAAUUAUUAUUAUUAUUAUCAUUAUUUUAUUUUAUUUGAUGUUUUUAGUGUUGAUACUACGUAUGAAUUGGCUUAGAUUAUUGCACUGCUUUUUAUUAAAAGUAUGAGGGGUGAGGCAUUAACGUAUGCAUCUUCAUUCUCAUUAGAUUUGUAUUUAUAACAUUGAAUGCAAACACUCGAAUAGUCUAUUAGAAAAAAAAAAUAAUAAUAAUAAUAAUAAAAAGGUAAAAGUCAUAACCAAAUGAAUGAAUUAAUAAAACUAGCUGUUAUUUAAAUGGAAUCCGACAUUCAUCUUAUUAGGAAUUACGUUAGACAAUAAUAAUCUAACAGUUAUACGACUCGUGCAAAAAACAAUAAAUAUAAUUUUCAAUUUUUUCGAUAAAAUUUAAAUAAACAAUUAAUUUAUUAUUAAAAAAAAAUUAUUCGUACAUUUUUGUCCUCUUUGUCAGUUGAUAAUUGAACGCUACUGCUCUACUCUUAAAAAAAAAAUUUCAAAGUAUAUAUAUUACAAAAAAAAAAAUAAAUAAAAAUUAAAUCAUGUUUUCUCUUUGCUCGUUGAUCACCAAUAAUUGUUGUUGUUGUUAUUGUUACGCGUACUACGUACCUAUGGCAGAGUUAUUAAAAAAAAAAAAAAUGAAAAAAAAGUCUGUUGAUGCUAAUUACUAAACAUUAACUGUGAAUUAACUGAACAAAAAAUGAUACGUAUGCUAAGUGUAAUAUGAGUUAAAAUUUUUGUAAAUCCUUUAUUUUAAAAUUCCUUAAAUUGAUAAAUUUAUCAAACUUGUAAAAUUAUUUAUUUAUUUAAUUAUAAUCUUAAUGUAUAUUCUCCGCGCAUAAGACUCUUUGAUUAUUAAAAAAAAAAAUAAUAAUAAUAAUAAACAAAUAAUAAGAUGUCUGUAUUAAAUCCUGAUCCUUUUGUCGCUGAAUUUUUAAUUACUAGUUUUAAAAAAAUGAAUGCUUCUAUUAAUUAAUUAAUUAAUUAAUUAAUUGAAAUAUUUUUAUUCAAUCAUGAGUAAGAGAUAAAACAGAAGCCGUAAUUUCAUCUUUCGUAUUGACACUAAAAACUUAACGAUCAACGCAAAAAGACGAUGAGUGAUAAAAAAAUUAAAUUAUUUGAAUGGACGUAGUGCAGUCGAUAUAUUUACAUAUAAAUAUCAAUUAUAAAUAUAAACUACAUUACGUAAUCAUGCAUCUUUUAAUACAUGUAUAUGCGUCGAUUUAUGCCAAAUUACCCAACAAAAUAUUGAUAUAUAUGUAUAAAUAAUAAUAAUAAUAGUUAUAUAAAUAAUGGAAAAAUAACAUGAAUGCAAAUUGCCAGGCUAAAAUCUCUUAAAUUUUACGUUUCCUUUUUCUAUGACCCGCGUGUGAUUAAAUGAAUUCAUUUCCGGUUGAUUUUAUUAAAAAGUUAAAUAAUUAAACUUAGGGAGAGGAUGAUGAAGCGAGAGAAUGAGAGUGUGAAAGUAUAAAAAUAAUAAAUAAAAUGUUAUUAUAAAAAAAAAAGUAAUUAAUAAAAAAAAACGAAUUUUGUUUCUUGUUA